GCACAGCAGAGGGCGCGCUGGUCUUCUCCGCUUCUUCUCCGUGACUGCGCUCAGCCUGCUCGUGUUUUGGGAGAGUAAUCAUGGUGUAAACACACGGCCAUGGCUGAUGAGAGAGAAGGCGCUGACAACAACAACAUUAACGACGACAUGGGGAACCAGUUACAGCUCUUACCGGAAAAUGAGGAAGAAGAGGAGGAAGAUGACAUGGAGACGGAGGAUCGGGACAGCGAGGGUGCGGAAAAGCCGAGCAUCAUCAACUUCGACCCCAGCCUGCCCACCUCGCAUGCUUACCUGGGCUCAGACAUGGAGGAGUUCCACGGGCGCACUCUACACGACGACGACAGCGUGCAGAACCUCCCCGUCCUCCCUCACGCCGCCCUCAUCCUGAUCCCGGGUCAGACUCUGCCGCUGCAGCUCUUCAGACCGCAGGAGGUCAGCAUGUUCCGCAACCUGGUCAGCCAGGACCGCACGUUCGCCGUGCUGGCACACAGUCCGGAUUCGGGCGGAGGAGAGCUGCAGGCGGAGUUCGGGACGACGGCAGAGAUCUACGCCUUUCGCGAGGAGCAAGAGUACGGCAUCGAGACGGUGAAAAUCAAAGCUAUCGGACGGCAGCGCUUCAAAGUGCAUGACAUUCGCACGCAGGCAGACGGGAUUCGUCAAGCAAAGGUGCAGAUUUUGCCAGAAAGGAUUCUGCUGGACCCUUUGAGUGCGCUGCAGCUCUCAUCCCGCUUACACAGACGUGUUCCAGACGCCAGACCCACACCACCGCAGAGCCAAGCACAACGCUGCCACACCUACAGACGGAGGAAGUUGUAUCCUGCUAGUAUGACCCCAUGGCCCUCCUGGGUUUACUCCCUGUACGACUCGGAGACUCUAAUGAGCAGAGUUAAGAAGCAGCUCCAUGAAUGGGACGAGAACCUAAAAGACGAAUCGCUGCCCACUAAUGCUAUAGAUUUCUCCUACAGGGUGGCAGCGUGUUUGCCGAUAGACGAUGCUCUCAGACUGCAGCUCCUAAGGAUCGGUAGCGCCAUUCAGAGACUCCGCUGUGAGCUGGACAUCAUGGACAGGUGCACGUCUCUGUGCUGUAAACAGUGCCAGGACACUGAGAUCACGACCAAGAACGAGAUCUUCAGUCUGUCUCUGUGCGGGCCGAUGGCAGCUUACGUGAAUCCUCAUGGUUAUGUCCAUGAGACUCUGACCGUCUACAAGGCCAGCAACCUCAACCUGAUCGGGAGACCCUCCACACUGCACAGCUGGUUCCCAGGGUACGCAUGGACCAUCGCGCAGUGCCGGACCUGCGGUUCUCACAUGGGCUGGAAGUUCUCAGCCGUAAAAAAGGAUCUGAGUCCUCAGCGAUUCUGGGGUCUGACCCGCUCUGCGCUCUUACCCACAAUCCCUCAGGUUGAGGAGGGUGUGGAAGGCUCACGCCUGCUCUGCCUGUGACCUCAGCGCGACGCAUUACGCACACAGAUCACGAUCACGUCCACCGUCCUCCGUCACACACCACACUCCGAGCGACUGAGAGAGGCAGGAAGGAGAUUUUUUUUUAAAAAAUGGUGGAGGAGGAGGAAGAGGACGAUGACGAAGAGUCAGAGAGGGAGAGAAAGAAAUGAAACAGGCACUACGAGGCACUGAGAGUGUUGUCACUUUAAUUAAAUUUAUUACAAUCAGAACGUCACACGACAGCAAUUUUUUCCCCGAAAUAGCAAAGUAUAUGUACAUAAUAAUCAUCACAUCUUGCGUUUUUUUUCUGUUCAAUGUUAAAAAAAGGCUUUUCUGUAAAAUGAGGGAUUUUGUGUGAUGAUCCCUUAUUGGCCAAAGCAAGAUGACGCUCUGUGUGUAUAGAUGUGUCAGGUGUGGUACUGUGUGCCACUGUGACUGCAGAUAGAAAUGGACAGCCUGUGAUUUAUUUAAAAAAAAGAAAUAGAAAAAAGAUCUUGUCGUUGACGAAUCAUAUGAGAGACGCGACUGUAUCUACUGUAUUUUUGUAUUUUUCACAUCUCAGUUUCCUCCCAUCUCUUUUGUCGAUGACGGUGUUUUUGGAUGUACGUGUGUGUUAAACACUGAAAAGAUUGUUAAGAUGCGUGUUUAUAGAACGAUCUGUGUGUAGAUUGAGAACUUGGAGUUAUAAAGGACCUACGAUUUCAUUCAUUCAAACACACACACACUCAAACACACACACUUGACACACACACACAAUACAGCUUGUGCAUAUUUCAUCAGAUUUCAUCAAUCUCAUGUUGCAGUGCUGCUCACUGGCAUAGUUAUGACAGUAAUAUUCCGAGGAUUCAUGCUGAUCAGUACUAAAUGCGCUAAUAAAAUCUGGAAUGUG